AUGACUGCCGCCGACGACGACUCGUCCGACCUCUCAUCGUUAUCGUCCCUGUCGCCUGUACCAUCAGAUGCCGAUCUAGACGACCGCAGCGAUGGCACGACGACCAAGCCAAAGCCGAGCAUCUUGCAGUUCUUCCCCAAAAUAACAAAGGAACCGCCCAAAGAGCCUUCACCACCGCCGCGAAAACGGUCGCCGUCGCCGCCGCACGAAUUUGUUCUUGCCGACAAUCCGGACAUAGCAUUCAUUGUCAUGUUCAGAAGCCGGUUUGGCGACGCGUUUCCGAAGUCUCUUCCUCAUUUUGGGCCCCAAGAGCUCGAGCGCGACGUGGUCGAAACCAGUCCCGGCGACCGAGCGGAACACCUUCUUUGUGCCUUGCUGGGUCUCGCUCUCAACAGAAAACAGGAUGUCAAGAUAGGUCAUUAUGGGAGGGCGCUGGAAGAUGCGAUAACAUCUCACAAAACUCAGUGGCCUUCAUCUUGGAAUGACAAAAAUCCUCUGUCCGGCGGUGCGACGUUCAAUUCUAUGACUCCCUCUGAAAGACUCACCUUGCUACGCACCUUGAUAUUGUGGUCAAUGGCGUCAUCAGAUACCGUGAAAGGGCUCAUCAAUCAGUCCUACAGACAAAACAGACAAGAGGAUGACGUGAACCAGGCGAGGUCCGUCCAACCCUGGGGAUCCGACGGAGACAAGCGAAGAUAUUUCUUGAUUGAAGGACAAGACGACACAAACUUCCGAAUAUACCGUGAGAGCAACCCGGCUGGUACAAAUAGAACGUGGAUCAGCGUUGCCGGGUCUAUUGGGGAGUUGAAAGCCCUCGCAGAGAAACUGCGAACCAGAGAUGGCGGUCCGAAGGCUAAAAAACUUGCACAAAGAAUGCUGUUGGCUAUCCCUCGUUUCGAAGCAGGCGAAGAGAAACGCAAACGGCGCGAAUAUCGACAGAUGAGAAAGGAGCAAUUCAAACGUCCGGAACCUGGCUUUUCAAUGUACGAGGGCCGUACCCGUGGUAAGCGGAUCAAGUACACCUACUCUGACGAUGAAGACGUUGCCCAUUCCGAUGCAACUGGACAAAGAAGAUCAGCUCGUAACACUGGCUCCAACACGCCAGCUGAUGAUACUGUGCCGAUCACUACGUCAAGUGGUAGGCAGAUACGCGCUCCGCCCCGUCUCAACAUGGUGGUUGUCGAAAGCGUUCCUGCAAGUGCCCAGCGUGAGAGUUUCGAAAUGGAAUACGAUACUUCAAUGGGCGCGCCUGGACGACCCAGACGGUCAGCCACACACCCAGAUACGAAUGGUUGGCCCAACGAUGGUUCACGACGCAGUGAGAGCGAGGAAGAAAGCGAGGCAGAUUUUGGAGACGACGAGAACGAUGUGGAUGCCCACAUCCCCAGCGGAGAAUCCGGAGAUGAGGACGACCUUGAUGAAGAAACGGCACGGACUGGUGGGGGCCUUGAGCAUCAAAUUCACAGUUUGGUUGUGAAGCUUUCUGUAACUCCGCCAAAGCUGAGAACAGCGCUGGCCCCGAUUCAUCAAGAAUUCAAUUUGCUUCCAGCACCAGACGCGCGAGACUGGAAUGUCAACACUGGGAAUCAAGAUACCCGAACAGUGGAGAUGCAUGAUGCCCCAGAUCUAGAAACUUCUGUGCGCGUCAAGUCAGUGAACAGAGAGCAAACCCCAGAGCGCAAGGUAGAUAUAACGCCGCCCGCGCAUGGACAAUCUAGACAGGCUGCUGCUGCCAAGGGGAACACCAUUCAAGCUCAAACCCCGUCUGUAAUCCCGUCUACGUCUUUGGCUCUCCGUGGAAGUCCGGAGAAGACACUUGUUCACCUUGCCUCACCGUCGGAUGAAACGAACGGCAAACAUUCAUGCGUUGCAAGGCGUUAA